CACAUGAAACAGCAAAAAUUCAAAAUUUUUCAAUAUCAAUAGUCCGGCAGCAAGCGACACGUUGUGAGCUAAAAUCAACUCCAACUCAAAACAUUACAAAAUCCAACGUUUUCCGGAUAUGCAGCCAUUGUGAACGUGCAAGCAAUUAAAUAAUUAACACGUUUGCGUCGCCUUGCCGGCUACCAUCCACCCACUUGUUGUAAAAAGAACUUAUUUGUUUUGCUAAGUUUUAGUCAGUUAAAUCUAUAUUAUUAUUGGUCAAGAAAAUUCCCCAAGGUAUACACCGAUCUGGCCACAUUGUGACGAAAUAUAUUCCCGUGCUGCUCGAUUGAACUGCUGUUCUGUUGGUCGUUUUACAACACACGCGCACACUUACACAAUACACCCUCGACUGUUAGUUGUGCUUGUCUCUUUCUCCCUUACUGCCUACCAAUUGUUCAGCGCAAUCAUUUCAUCUCACUUCUGCUCGUACUGCUUCUGUAUUGGUCAGCCAUUCUGAGAGCGAAAAUAUUCAAUUCGGAUGAGCGAAUUCACGAUUAGUGAAAUAGUCGCCGUAGUUGUCGUCGUCGGUUCGGUCGCCGUUUUGUGCUGCGAUAUUUCUAGACAAGGAACACAAAUUAAAUAGAGGAAAAAUAUAAUAAAGAAGAGGAGAAAAUAGGCAAAAACUACUCAGUUUUUGUAGCUUUUCGUUUAAUUAUUUAAACUAUUUCGGUUAUUUGUGCACAUUGACAGAGAGAGAUCAAAAGAAAACCAAAAAAACGAACACCAACCCAACUACACACACACACACAAACCAGAAAAAUCAAAUUUCAAUCAGAAAAUGGCGUUAAAAAGAAUCAAUAAGGAACUGCAAGAUCUGGGCAGAGAUCCACCUGCACAAUGUUCAGCUGGUCCAGUUGGAGAUGACUUAUUUCACUGGCAAGCUACAAUAAUGGGCCCGCCGGACAGCCCUUAUCAAGGAGGUGUAUUUUUCUUAACUAUACAUUUUCCAACAGACUAUCCCUUUAAACCACCAAAAGUGGCUUUUACAACACGCAUAUACCAUCCAAACAUCAACAGCAAUGGUUCGAUUUGUCUCGAUAUAUUAAGAUCUCAGUGGUCGCCAGCAUUAACUAUUUCAAAAGUCUUAUUAUCAAUUUGCUCUCUACUCUGUGAUCCCAAUCCAGAUGAUCCGCUUGUUCCAGAGAUUGCCAGAAUAUAUAAAACCGAUCGGGAAAAAUACAAUGAGCUGGCACGAGAGUGGACUAGAAAGUAUGCUAUGUGAUGCGUUCCAGAAUGCAGUCCAACAACAAAAACAACAACAACAAAAACAAUAAUAAUAAAAACAGCAAAAGCAGCAGCAGCAGCAACAACAACAAAAACAACAACAAUAGCAAUAACAACAGCAGAAUUAACAGGAGAUACAACAACAACAAGAACAGCAAAAAAGAUAACACCAUUUAAUAAUAAAAAUAGUUAUAGCUGCAGCCGCGUCAGCGUUAAUGGCAAUGGCCGCCGUGCGGUUGACCACAAUAAAAAUGCUUACAACAACACCAGCAAGAAGAAGAGCAGCAACAAUAUCAGCAAGAACCGCGGACGCGACAACAGCAGCAACCAGAAGCAAAGUAACAUCAUGAGCAGCAGCAGCAGUAACAACAACAACAACAACAACAACAAGAAGGUCAUCCAAUGCCAUCUUCAAUGCUAUCUUCGCCAUCGCCGUCAUCUCAGCCGCCGCCGUCGCCGCCUCUGUAGCCGCAACAACAACAUUAGCAUUAUCAUCAAAUUUGGGAGCAGCUUCAAUGAAAACAUGCAAAAGGACGAGGAGGAGGAGGAGGACGAUGAAUGGUGGUGGUGGUGGGUGAACGAUGACGAACGAUGGCAACGAUGUGGCAAGAAUAGCAGCAGCAACAACAACAACAUCUAAAUGAUGCUGCAACUUACUGGCAAGAAGAGAAACAACUGGCAGAGAUUGUAGCAACAGCAACAACAACAACAACAAGAAACACAGAACAGAACAGAGAACAGCAUAAACAACAGAAAGAAAAUAAUUUAAUAAUAAUUACUGAGAAAAAAAAAAAAGAAAAAUUAUGUAAGCAUUAAACAUUUAAAGCUAAAGAACAGCUAUCAACAUCAGCAUCAACACAUAAGUUUAAAUACAAA